AUGAUUUGUAAGAAUGCUGCGGAACUGAUAAAGGAUAAAAUUGGUUACAAAAAUGCUUUUGGGGUUACAAGUCAGGGAAGAGCAGGUGGAUUGUGUAUUUACUGGAAGGAGGAGGUAGAUUUCUCUCUGGUCUCUUUUUCGAGCCAUCAUAUUUGUGGAGACAUUAGAGUGGAGGGGCAGAUGUGGAGAUUCAUAGGGAUUUACGGAUGGGCAAAGGAAGAAGAGAAGUUUAAAACUUGGGAUCUCAUUCGUCAUCUGUGUGAAAAUAUUUCAUUACCGUUGCUUGUUGGUGGUGAUUUUAGUGAGAUUCUUAGUUAUGAUGAAAAGGAUGGCGGUGUUGACCGUAAUAGGCGUGAGAUGGGUGCUUUUAGAGAUCUGUUAGAUGACUGUGCUCUACGAGAUUUGGGGUUUGACAACCCACGAUACACUUGGGAGAGGGGACUUUCGGUUACAACUCGUAUCCGCGAAAGGCUAGACAGAUUUGUGAGUAACUUGGAAUGGACUCAGAUUUUCCCUAACCAUGGCGUCGAAAACCUUCUUCGCUACAAAUCUGACCAUUCCCCUAUUGUUACCCGGCUUAAAGCCGCUGCUACGGAGCGGGGCAAAAGACGAGGGUUUCGUUUUGAAACCUGUUGGUUACUUGAUGCUGGGUGUGAGGAGGCGGUUAAGGAGGUGUGGGAGGCCUCUUCUGGGGACAAAAUUACACGGCGGCUCUCACUGCUUGAUGAGUUAAAUGAGAAACAAGAGGCCUAUUGGUACUUGAGAUCUAGAGUAGCUGAGGUUAAGGAUGGGGAUAAAAAUACUCAAUAUUUUCACCAUAAAGCUUCUCAGAGGAAGAAAAGGAAUUUUGUGAAAGGGCUCCAGAAUGAUGACGGGGUCUGGUGCUCGGAAAUUGAGGAGAUUGAAAUUUUUUUUGCAAAUUACUUUAGUACUAUAUUUACCUCUUGUAAUCCUUCGGAUGUUAAUUUACAGCAUGUUUUACAGUAUAUCUCUCCUAUUGUUUCUGAUGAUUGUAAUUGUGCUCUACUAAGACCCUAUACCAAAGAUGAGAUUUAUGCAGCUCUUUCACAGAUGCAUCCGUGCAAGGCCCCUGGUCCUGAUGGAAUGCAUGCGAUUUUUUACCAGCGGUUUUGGCACAUUAUCGGAGAUGAUAUCUCGGAUUUUGUCUGUGGCAUACUUCACGGGCAUCACUUCCCUGCUGAUCUGAAUUGCUCAAACAUUGCCCUAAUUCCGAAGGUUAAAGACCCAAAAGUUGCUGCUGAAUUUCGACCUAUUGCUCUCUGCAAUGUGUUGUACAAGUUAGUCUCAAAGGCUAUUGUUCUGAGGUUAAAAGAUUUUCUCCCUGAUAUUGUUACUGAAUAUCAGAGUGCCUUUGUGCCGGGUCGUUUGAUCACUGACAAUGCUCUCAUUGCAAUGGAAGUGUUUCAUUUAAUGAAGCAUAGAAGCAGGAGUAGAAGGGGUACUAUUGCUAUGAAGCUGGAUAUGAGCAAAGCCUACGAUAGAGUUGAGUGGGGCUUCCUCAGGAAGAUGCUGCUUACUAUGGGGUUUGAUGGACGAUGGGUUAACUUGAUCAUGUGGUGUGUUUCUUCUGUCUCUUAUUCUUUCAUUAUUAAUGGAAGAGUUCGGGGUUCUGUGGUCCCCAAUAGAGGUCUCCGCCAAGGUGACCCUCUGUCUCCUUAUCUCUUUAUUCUGGUUGCUGACAUAUUUUCUAAGAUGAUUCAGAAGAAAGUUCAGGAGAAACGGCUUCAUGGUGCAAAAGCUAGCCGCAGUGAACCAGAAAUAUCUCAUCUUCUUUUUGCAGACGAUAGUUUACUUUUUACAAGAGCCACCCGUCAGGAAUGCUUCGAGAUAGUUGAUAUUCUCAACAGAUAUGAAUUGGCAUUCGGGCAGAAAAUUAAUUAUGAAAAAUCGGAGGUCUCUUUUAGUAAGGGAGUAAGGGUCGAACAAAAGGAAGCUCUUAUGGGAAUUUUGAAGAUGAGGCAGGUAGAAAAACACGAGAAAUACCUUGGUAUCCCUUCUGUCGCAGGAAGAUCGAAGAAAUUAAUUUUUGCUUCUCUCCUUGAUAGAAUUUGGAAGAAACUCCAGGGGUGGAAGGAGAAAUUACUGUCGAGAGCGGGGAAGGAGGUGUUAUUGAAAGCAGUCAUUCAAGCGAUCCCUACCUACCUUAUGGGAGGUUAUAAACUUCCUACUAUGAUCAUCCAGAAAAUUCAAGCUGCUAUGGCUCGCUUUUGGUGGGGAAGUUCAGAUACAAAACGGAAAAUUCACUGGAAAAAUUGGGAGGCAAUGUGUACAUUGAAAUGCUUGGGCGGAAUGGGUUUUAAAGAUCUAGGGGUGUUUAAUGAUGCCCUGCUGGGACGACAGGCUUGGCGUCUCAUUCAUGCGCCUCAGUCUCUGCUUAGCCGUGUUCUGAAAGCUAAGUAUUACCCAUCCUGUGAGUUCCUUGAUGCCUCGCUUGGUUAUUCUUGCAGCUACUCUUGGAGAAGUAUAUGGAGUGCAAAAGCAUUGGUGAAGGAAGGAUUGGUUUGGAGGGUGGGAAAUGGUCAAAGCAUUAAUAUUUGGGAGGCCCCCUGGGUUGUGGAUGAGAAUGGUAGAUACAUUACUUCCCCUCGAAACAACGAUAUCACCAUGGUGCAGCAUCUUAUUGAUCCGAAUAACAUUGAAUGGCGUUUCGAUGUCAUAGAUGCAGUUUUUAACGAGCGGGAUAAAAAAUGCAUACUUGCGAUACCUUUAUGUUCCUCUUCCCCUCAUGAUAUGUUGUCAUGGGCUUUGACGAAAGAUGGUCACUAUUCUGUUAAAACUGCCUACAUGCUCGGGAAAGGAUGCAAUUUGGAAAAUUUUCACAGCGCUUGGGUCGAUUUGUGGAGCAUGGAGGUUAGUCCCAAGGUCCGUCAUUUUCUCUGGAAAUUAUGCACCCACACGUUGCCUACGCGAGGAGUUUUGUUCCAUCGACAUCUAAUUGAUGAGGAGGUCUGUCCUUGGGGUUGUGGUGAGCAUGAAUCUACUUAUCAUGCUAUCUUUUUUUGCCCGAGAUUUGAGGAGUUGUGGAUGGAUAGUGGAUGUGCGAGAAUGCGGGACAAUAGUGAUUGUGACAUAAUGUGUGACCUGGUGGCGAAAUGGAAGCAGCUAGAUUCGCGGAUACGGGUGAAAGGACCUUUCUUGAUGUCGUGUAUUUGGGGAGAAAGAAACAACAAAGUCUUUAACAACAAAAUCACCCCCAAUAGUGUGUUGUUACGUAGGGUGGAUCGAUUGGUCGAGGAGUAUGGGAAGUAUGCUGUGAAUAUUUACCGACGGCAGGGAGUGGUAACACAAAGUCUUCGGUAUUGGAACCCUCCAUCACCAGGGUGCUGGAAAAUCAAUGUGGAUGCAUCUCUUGCUACUGAAGGAUGGGUGGGCCUGGGUAUUAUUGCUCGUGAUCAUCUAGGUGGAGUUCGGUUUGCGACUACUCGGCGUACGAGAGCCUUUUGGUCGCCUGAAAUCGCAGAGGCCAAAGCUAUCGAAAUGGGAGUGAGACUUGGGAAGCGAUUUGGGCUGGUGAAUGUUGUCAUUGAAUCCGAUUGUUUGACUGUGAUCAACAGGCUGCAAAAAACCUCCUUCUACCUCUCGGAUCUAGAUAAUGUAUUGUCUAAUAUUUUUUCAAUGAGUUCUAAUUUUCAUUCCUUAGGUUGGUCUCAUGUGAAAAGGGAUGGUAAUUUUGUAUCUCAUCAUUUAGCUAAGCUAGUACCUUUCGGGGUUGAACAAAUUUGGGAGAACCACUUUCCUUCUGAAGUGGCUCCCUAUAUUCUUAUGGACAAUUUGUCCCAUGAUUAA